AUGUUGCCAUUAUCGCAGUCAUGGUAUUAUUGGGCAAUGGCAGCACUUCUUGUCGCACAGGUAAUUUUAUCCGUCAAUUAUCACAUUUUGGUCUGCAAUAUGCCGAUUGCUAACACUUUAUUAUUACUGGUAAUUAUGGCACAUCAUGGAUAUGCUUUAGGUGAUCAAGCUCGUCCCCUCUUCCACAGAGUUCGUACCUUGAUAUCUUCCAGAAUUUGUGGAUGUGUUGCUUUUAUCGCGGUCUUAUUUGUGAAUACAACUCAUGCACUUGAACUUCUAACCGACUAUCAUGAUGGACACUCACAUUCACAUGGUGAUCACGAACACCACGAUGAACAUCACUCAGAAGAAUACGGUUUUGGAUUUGUUCCAAGUAGGCGGCAUCACUUCUUCCCUCAAUUAACUUUACUUCCUUCAAUUGUAACUCCUCAGCAUUGGUAUAUCACCUUGUUAACUUUAGAGCAAUACGUUAUUGUGAGCAUUUUCGAUGUGGCAUUGAAAUGUCUUGUUCUGGCUCUGGGCCAUAUUCCAUCCAUGGGUCUUCAUCCAGUCCCACGCCUCAUUCUGCAUACCUUAAGCCCCACAAUACAAGAGCCUUCUAAAUAUGAACAGCAGUUCGCAAAUUGCGUUUUAGGAAUGUAUGUGGCUGGCUUGGCUAUACCUCCUUGGCUGGGCGAAUCUUGGCUCUGGAAACAUGUGGAUCCCGUGCUUGCGGUGACCACAACAAUCUUAUUCUUCCUCCUCAUCAUUCCAGCAUUUAGAGAAAUGAUGCCCUACAUAUUUGCUGAUACCCCGGCGAAAUUUCACGUGGAGUCAUUCCAGGACGAGAUUUCGACAAAGUUUCCCGAUGUCACGUGCACUCACAUACACGCAUACAGGCUUUGGCCUGGGAACCAGUUCGAGGCCCUGAUUCACUUAAGCUUCUUAAAGUUUUGUCUCACUAGCAUUCAAACAUCGCAAUGCCAAGAGACUGCCGCAUUCGCAAUCAUUGGACUAUGGCAGCAGCACGUGGACAAAUCGAAAUCUGGUUGGUCAGAUGAAGCGGCUGCACGGUAUUCUGAAGUUAGUCAGAACGUAACGAGUGUAUUAUCAAGAGCGGGUGCGCAAAAGGUAGUCGUGGAGCCGUCAUUUUUGGAUGCGACAGAAAUUGGACGUCCGUGGGUGGGCUGUGUUGGUGCGACAUGUUUCCGACAAGACCGGGGAUGUUGCAAAAUACAGGAUAAUCGGACUGAUGUCUAA